AUGAUUCAAAAGAUUGUAUGCAUUGGAGCGGGAUUUGUCGGAGGGCCACUAGGCACGACUUUUGCGUAUCAAUGUCCCGAGAUACAAGUGACAGUGGUAGACAUCAACAAGGCCGUUGUGGACGCAUGGAAUUCGGAAUCGCUUCCACUAUAUGAGCCAGGCCUUUCAGAUGUUCUUUCGAGUGUUCGUCAACGAAGCAAUGGUUCGAUUUGCAACAAUGGCACCAGCGAAGAUAUGAAGGUUGAGAGUGAGGCAACCUCUAAGGCCUAUCCGCAUACCAAAUGCAACUUGACCUUCUCAACGGAUGUUGAAACCGCAAUACAAGAAGCAGAAAUGAUCAUGCUUUGCAUUGACACGCCAACCAAAAAGUCUGGCCUAGGAAAGGGGUCGGCACUCGAUAUGACCAAUCUCGAAGCUGCAGUGAUGACAAUCGCACGGGUCGCGAAAACCGAUAAAAUCAUUGUCGAGAAGUCCACCGUCCCUUGUGGGACGGCAAGCGCACUUCGCGAGCUGCUAGAUGCCAGAGCUGGUGGCGCAUGUCGUUUCGAAGUGCUAUCCAAUCCAGAAUUUUUAUCGGCAGGAACAGCUCUAUCAGAUCUUCUCUCCCCUUCUCGGGUCCUUAUCGGAUGCCCUGAUACUCCAUCCGGCCAUCAAGCGUCAGAGGAACUGGCGUCAAUCUAUAGAAGAUGGGUACCUGAUGAACGGAUUAUCUUAAUGGAUUCUUGGUCUUCAGAGCUGUGCAAGCUUGCUGCCAAUGCAAUCUUGGCGCAGCGAGUCAGCAGUAUCAACUCUCUCGCCGCUAUUUGCGAGGAAACGGGUGCGGAUAUCGACUUUGUUUCUCAGUCAUGUGGUUUGGAUCAACGGAUAAAUCAGGCAAUGCUUCAACCCUCGCUGGGAUGGGGCGGAGGCUGCUUCCAGAAAGACGUCCUCUGCCUUGCAUACUUGGCAAGGAGCCUGGGCCUGCACCAGGUUGCGAAUUACUGGACCUCUGUGGUGGAGGUAAAUGAGUACCAGAAAUUGCGAUUUCUUGACCGCAUAAUCACACAUAUGCACGGAUAUGUCGGCAAGAAGUCGAUUGCUGUCCUCGGGUUCGCAUUUAAGAAAAAUACCUCGGACACCAAGAACUCUGCAGCGAUCCCUCUGGUCCAGGGUCUCCUAGCAGAAGGUGCGUUUGUGUCCAUUUAUGACCCUUUGGUCCUACCACAUCGUAUUCUGGCCGAUGUCAAUGUACCAGGAACAACCAUGGACCAGUUACGGAUAGCCCCAACAGCAUAUGAAGCAUGUGCAGGUGUGGAGGCAGUUGUGGUUGCAAUUGACUUGGAUAGCUUCGGAACACCGACAAAAUUAGCAUCCCAGAGGUUACGGAAGAAUAAUUCGAAAUUGCUGCCCUACCAACACCGCACUGAACCCCUUGAUUGGCCACGGAUUGUCGAUGGGAUGCGGGGGCCUAGAUACAUAUUUGAUGGGAGGAACAUGUUGGAUGGGGAAUACUUGCGAGGUUUGGGAUGUCAGUACGUUAGUGUUGGCAAACAGCCUAAAUGA